CUCUCACUCGCGAUGAAACUGAGCUUGCUCGAAGACAGCCCAACUAGUGGAUUUUGCCUCUUCUUGUUGAAGUGAUUCAGGCGCUCAAAGGUAGAUUCCAAAAGUCGCAGGAUCAGGCGAGCAAUGGUUUCAAAGCAAACAACGGCUGGUCCAGAAACCGCUCCUGGUACGCAUCCUUUUCCAAAUCCGAUUCAUGGAGGGACCUUCCCGUAGUUCUCGAGCGGGGAGCGAGUUCAAGACCAAAGAAAGAGAGCCCUUUUUCGAUAGUGAUUUCAGCCAUAGAAGAGAUGACCAUGGAUGGGAGUUUUAGUGUCAAAUCUGCACUCGAAAGGUUUCUUGCUCGUUGCCCAAAGCUUCUAUCUUUUCCAAAGUUUGAUUCACUCGCUAAAAAGGGACAUAUGUUGACAGAAGAGGAGGUGGUGAAAGUGUUGGCAGAGGUAUUUCUGCACCCAAACUAUACUAUUCCUUUGAUGGGGUGUUUUCGGCCUAUAGCCCGAAAGAUCGUUGACAAAGCUGUGGCCUUGCUUCGGAUUGUGCCCAAUUUAAGAUCCAAUUCGGAUGAUACAUUAGCAGAGGCUGAAGAAGGAAAUUUUUUCAAUGAUGUUGCCUGUGUAAUUGAGCUCUACAAUCGAGGUGGGAAGGGUCUUGAUCUUCAUGAGCUUGCUUGUUUGGCGGCAUGUCGCACCCUUGAUUUGGCUCCUUUUUUAUUGGGGCCUAUAUUAAAUUAUUUCAAAUUUGCUCCAUCUCCUUUUGAACGCAUUUCGAUGGGAGGAAAAAUUUCUGACCUCCGUGGUAAGGUUGCAACUCGUAUACUACGUGCUGCUCAGACAUCUUACCGGCUCCUUCUAGUGGAUGCAGAAUUAUUUUCUAAACUUUGGGACUGGUCCUGUUUCAUGGACCUUGUAAAGCAGUCUGCCAAUCUUGACCUUGGCAGCGGUGGUGGAUAUGUAGAUAUUGUUAUUGCAGACAUUAGAUGGUGUGCGAUACAGAUUUUGUCAGUUGUUCUCAAAACAAGCUGCAGAGCAACUGCAGCCUUUAGUAUGGAGACUGAAGAAGCAUUUACAUGUUUAUUGCGCUGGGAGGAGUUUUGUCAAGAUACAUCACUGGAGAAGGCUAGCUGGUAUAUCGAUUCAUCUGAACGAUAUAAGUUGAGUUCUCCCAGUACAAGUAUUGAUUUCAACGAAGAGACUUGUCUCCAAUCUUCUGGCCUUUUAGCUCUGGAAAUUUCCUCUUCACAGCUUCGUGAGAUUGAGCCGCCAACUCGGAGUAAACGGCUGGCUACAUGGGAUGAUAAAUCGGUUGGAAAUUUGUUUGUUAUAACGUCAGCUGUGAGGAAAAGUUUUGAGAUGGUCGUGUUGGCAGUAAGUCAAAAAUGGCCUGUUCUUCUUUAUGGUCUUGCUGGUGCUGGAAAAUCCGCUCUUAUUAACAAGUUGGCCAUUGAUAGUGGGAAUCAAGUUCUAUUUAUCCAUAUGGAUGAUCAAAUUGAUGGUAAAACGUUAUUGGGAAGUUAUGUUUGUUCAGAGCGACCUGGUGAAUUUAGAUGGCAGCCUGGAUCACUUACCCAGGCUGUUCAGAAUGGGUUUUGGGUUGUAUUUGAAGAUUUUGACAAAGCACCAUCUGAUGUGCAAUCCAUCUUAUUAUCUUUACUGGAAAGUGCAAGCUCAUUUUCAAAUGGACAUGGGGAGGAAAUAAGGGUAGCAGAAAGUUUUCAACUAUUUUCCACAAUUUCAACUUCUAAAUUUGAUAUUUUGCGCAGUACAGAAGGUGGAAAAAUUGGUGUUUUUUGGAGGAAAGUGAUGGUUGUGCCUCCAAAUAAUGAAGACUUGCAAAAUAUACUAAAAGCAUGGUAUCCGAGUUUAGAGCCAAUUUGUAAGAAACUCAUAGAAACCUUUGAAAGGGUUAACUCUUCUCCUGUGCACCAACUGGCGGGAUUUCAAUCCGGAAAUUCUGCUUCUGCUAGUUAUCUGAGCAGGUUCUCGUUAAGGGAUCUUCUUAAAUGGUGCAAGCGAAUCUCAGGUUUAGGCUAUAGCUUCUGUGGAGAUGGUUUGUCAGCUUAUGAGUGUCAUUGCAUUUAUCAAGAGGCUGUUGAUAUAUUUGCGGCCUUUUCAACUUCAGCUGAAAAUCGGUUGACAAUCAUGAAAGACAUUGCAAAGCUGUGGGCGGUGCCAACUUCAGUAGCAGAGACGUUAUAUCCUCAUAAUAAACCUAUGAUUCAGGAUUUGCAAACAGAUUUUAGAGUUGGCCGAGUUUAUCUUCAACGCACUCAUAGAGUUUUACAUGACCAAAAUAAACCUUUUGCUGAGAUUCGUAGUUCUCUGCAUGUGCUAGAGAGAAUAGCUUCCUCUGUUAAGUGUAAGGAGCCUGUUCUCUUGGUUGGUGAAACUGGUACAGGCAAGACUACACUUGUGCAGUAUCUGGCCAUGAAGCUUGGUCAGAAACUUACUGUUUUGAACUUAAGUCAGCAAAGUGAUGUUGCUGACUUAUUAGGGGGAUUUAAGCCAAUGGAUGCACAAUUCAUAUGCUUUCCCCUUUAUAAGGAGUUUGAGGAUCUUUUCUCCAAGACAUUCUCUAUGAAGGUCAAUGUUGACUUUCUUGCCCAUUUACAGAAGCAUCUUAGUGGUAAGAAUUGGAAUAUGUUACUAGCUGGGUUUCAAAAAGGUGUUGAUUCUUUCCAAAAGUUGGUUCAAGAGGAAAGAUCUGGGUCUGGAAGAAAGCGCAAGAAACCUAUGGAUGAAGAAAGGGUCAAAGCUUGGGAAAACUUUUCUUUCAAUCUUGAAACUGCCCGUGGGCAAAUUGGUGCUUCAUCUGGCAUGGUGUUUUCAUUUGUAGAAGGAGCUUUUGUAACUGCACUUAAAUAUGGUGAGUGGAUUUUGCUUGAUGAGGUGAAUUUGGCACCACCAGAGACUUUGCAGAGAGUUAUUGGUGUUCUUGAAGGAGAGAGUGGGUCACUCUGUUUAGCUGAAAGAGGGGAUGUUAAUUAUAUACAGCGACAUCCUAAUUUUCGUAUAUUUGCUUGUAUGAAUCCUGCAACUGAUGCUGGGAAGCGGGAUUUGCCCUUCACUUUGAGGAGUAGAUUUACAGAAUACUUUGUUGAUGAUGUGUUGGAUGAUGAAGAUCUGACCAUAUUUAUUAAUCAGUUUAUGAAUGAUAGCAAAAGUAGUCGAGAGUUGGUGAAUAAAAUUGUACGCUUUUAUAAAGCAGCCAAAAAGGACUCAGAAGAGAAGUUGCAAGAUGGGGCUAAUCAGAAACCACAAUACAGUUUAAGGUCUCUCUACCGAGCAUUAGAAUAUACAAGGAAAGCAGAAAGGAAGUUUGGAUUUCAAAAAGCAAUAUAUGAUGGGUUCUGUAUGUUUUUUCUCACUCUGUUGGACAGACCCAGUGCUGAGAUAAUGAAUCAAAUGAUCUUGUUAUAUUUGUUGGGGGGAAAUAUGCCUUCACAAGUACCUUUUGAUGGUUACUUAACCUUUAAAGAGAACUCCAAGUCUGAUGAUUUUCUGGAGAACUAUGUUUUAACUAAAAGUGUCAGGGAGCAUCUUAGAAACUUAGCACGUGCUAUUUUGAUUAGAAGGUAUCCCGUUCUCCUACAGGGACCCACAUCUAGUGGGAAAACUAGCCUUGUUCAAUAUCUUGCUGCAAUAACUGGUCACGAAUUUGUACGGAUCAAUAAUCAUGAACACACUGAUUUGCAAGAAUAUUUAGGUUCCUACAUAACUGAUGCUAGUGGAAAGCUUGUUUUCCAUGAAGGUGUGUUGGUUAAGGCUGUACGUAAUGGUUAUUGGAUAGUUUUGGAUGAGCUUAACUUGGCCCCAACUGAUGUGCUAGAAGCAUUGAACAGAUUGCUAGAUGACAACAGAGAGCUUUUUGUGCCUGAACUGCAGGAAACUAUACAAGCACAUCCAGAUUUCAUGCUUUUUGCCACUCAAAAUCCACCUACUUUCUAUGGUGGGCGUAAAAUGCUUUCUCGAGCAUUUCGCAACCGUUUUGUGGAGAUCCAUGUGGAUGAAAUCCCAGAAGAUGAGUUGAGUACAAUAUUAGAGAACAGGUGUAAAGUCCCUGAAAGCUAUGCUAAAAAAAUGGUUGGAGUCAUGAAGGAUUUGCAGUUGCUCAGGCAGAGUAGCAAAGUUUUUGCCGGAAAGCAUGGGUUUAUAACUCCACGAGAUUUGUUCCGCUGGGCUGAUCGUUUCCGGACAUUUGGGAGUUCCUAUGAGGACUUGGCUAAAGAUGGUUACUAUCUUCUGGCAGAAAGGUUACGGGAUGAGGCUGAGAAGUGUGUUGUCCAAGAAGUUUUGGAGAGACAUCUCAGGGUUAAACUUGUCAAAGAUGACUUGUACAAGCAGGAACCAGUUGUUGGGAACCUUUCUAUCAACCCUUGUGAUGGUGCAGGAGUUUCGGAAAGUCUGCAAAAUGUCAUCUGGACUAAAAGUAUGUGGAGACUGCACUUUCUUGUUAAGCGUUGCUAUGAAUUGCGUGAGCCUGUACUUCUUGUUGGUGAGACUGGGGGUGGGAAGACUACCGUCUGUCAAUUACUGAGUAUAUAUAUGGGCUUGAUGUUGCACAUACUGAACUGCCAUCAAUACACAGAGACAUCUGAUUUCCUAGGGGGUUUUUAUCCUAUUCGAGAGAGGUCAAGACUUGUUUCAGAAUUUAAAGAAAAAAUUGAACAAGUGAUGAUAUCGGAGACUUUUAUCCACUAUCCUCAGGACUUUACCAUUUCUUCAGAUAUUAGUCAAGCGUCUUCUACUCUUGAUCAGCUGACUAAGAUGAUAACUUAUUACAAACAAGGCCUAGCUUCAUGUUCCAUUGUCUCUACACAAGAUGUCGCUAUUCUUGAGAAAAUGGUAACAGAACUCUUUGAGCUGCAUCAGAAGUGGCAAACCAUUUUUAAGUGGCAAGAUGGUCCCCUUGUACGAGCAAUGAAGGAUGGUGAUUUAUUUCUUGUGGAUGAAAUUUCCUUGGCUGAUGAUAGUGUACUUGAAAGACUGAACAGUGUCUUAGAGCCUGAAAGAAAACUAUCAUUGGCUGAGAAAGGGGGGUCAGUUUUGGAGAUAAUUACUGCUCAUCCAAAAUUUUUUGUUCUCGCAACGAUGAAUCCAGGGGGGGAUUAUGGUAAGAAAGAACUUUCACCGGCUCUUCGUAAUCGGUUUACGGAGAUAUGGGUUCCGCCUGUUGGUGACCUAAACGAGCUUAAGAGUAUUGCUGUGCAGAGGUUUGCCAACCCAAAACUCUCCCACAUUGUGGAUGCUAUGCUAAGUUUUUGGGAAUGGUUCAACCAGUUACAACCAGGGCGAAUGCUUACUGUUAGAGAUCUUCUCUCUUGGGUUACUUUUAUUAACAUGACUGAGAGGAGUUUGGGGCCUGAAUAUGCAUUCGUCCAUGGGGCAUUCCUUGUUUUGCUUGAUGGAAUAAGUUUAGGGACAGGUAUUUCCAAAAGCGAUGCCGGAGAGUUGAGGGAGAGAUGCUUGUCUUUUCUUUUAGAAAAACUUAAGAUGGAGACUACUAGUUUGACACACACAAAACUUUCAAGAAUGGAAAAUUAUGGUUGGGGUCAUCUUGGAAUAACUGCAGAUAUUUCAUGCAGUGAUAGUAUGCAAUGUGACAAUAUCUUUGGUAUUGAUCCUUUCUAUAUUGAAAAAGGUUGUGAAAGUUGUGAGGUUGGGGGAUUUGAGUUUUUGGCGCCAACCACCCGCAGAAAUGCCUUGCGGGUACUGAGGGCUAUGCAGCUUCCAAAACCUGUUUUAUUGGAAGGUAGUCCUGGUGUUGGGAAAACAAGUUUGGUUGUUGCCUUGGGCAAAUUUUCAGGACAUAAAGUUGUCCGCAUAAACUUAUCUGAACAGACUGAUAUAAUGGACUUGUUGGGGUCAGACUUACCUGUUGAGAGUGAUGAAGGAAUAAAGUUUGCGUGGUCUGAUGGGAUCCUAUUGCAGGCUUUGAAGGAAGGCUGUUGGGUUUUGCUUGAUGAGCUUAAUCUUGCUCCUCAAUCUGUGUUAGAGGGUUUAAAUGCUAUUCUGGAUCACCGAGCUGAGGUCUUUAUUCCAGAGCUGGGUCUCACCUUUAAGUGUCCCUCAUCUUUCAGAGUUUUUGCAUGUCAAAAUCCUUCCUAUCAAGGUGGUGGGAGAAAAGGCCUUCCAAAGUCCUUCCUCAACCGUUUCACUAAGGUUUAUGUGGAUGAGUUAGUUGAGGAUGACUAUCUUUUCAUCUGUAGUUCACUUUAUCCGUCAAUUCCCAGGUCUAUGUUAUCAAAACUGAUAUUAUUUAACAAACGAUUGCAUGAAGACACCAUGUUGUACCACAAGUUUGCACAGGAUGGCUCCCCUUGGGAGUUUAAUCUACGUGAUGUGAUUCGGUCAUGUCAGAUUAUACAAGGUGUACCUGAGAACUUGAGAGAUUAUUCCUUCCUCAACAUUCUUUACAUUCAAAGAAUGCGUACAGCAGCAGAUCGCAGAGAGGUCCUACGGCUCUAUGAGCAGGUUUUUGAGAUGAAGCCAGUUAUAAAUCCUUACCCACGGGUUCAGCUCAAUUCUCAGUACUUAAUUGUGGGGAAUACUGCCAUUAAAAGGAACCAUGUUCAAUCGUCCAAACUUUCAAGCAGCCAGCUUAAAAUUAUGCCUGGAAUUCGUCAAUGCUUGGAAGCUGCUGCGCAUUGUGUACAGCGUCAAUGGCUGUGCAUCUUGAUUGGUCCAUCAUCCGGUAAGACUUCAUUGAUAAGGUUACUUGCUCAGCUCACUGGCAAUGCACUAAAUGAAUUAAAUCUUUCGGCUGCAACUGAUAUAUCUGAAUUACUUGGAUGCUUUGAGCAAUAUGACGCCUUCCGAAAUUUUCACAUUGUUGCUGAUCAAGUUGAGUGCUAUGUUAAUGAGUAUUUUAGUUUGCAAGUGGAGUCCUCAAAGGAAACAUUUAUGAGUGAAAGAAAAGAUCAGUUAAUUACCAGAUGGAUUACUUUUUUAUCUAGCAUGAAUUAUGAUCAUGCAUCAGGCUCUACUUCUCUGUAUGUGGAGAAGUGGAAGAGGAUAUUCAAUUCUCUUAGUUUGUUAGUUGAGAUCAUUGCACAACUAAAGUUGGAUCAAGAGAAGAAUGUUCUACCUGUGUCAUGGUCAAGCAGGGAUCUUGAAGGAGCCAUGAAGACAGUUUUAAAGUUGCAAGAUGAUUAUCAGAAAAGGGCUGUUUCAGCAAAGUUUGAAUGGGUUAUGGGGGUACUGAUAAAAGCUAUAGAACGUGGAGAAUGGAUUGUUCUGGAGAAUGCAAAUCUUUGUAACCCUACGGUUCUUGAUAGAAUCAACUCUUUGGUGGAACCAUUUGGGUCAAUCACGAUUAAUGAGUGUGGAAUUGUUGAUGGAAAACCAGUGGUUCUCCAUCCACACCCUAAUUUUAGAAUGUUCCUCACGGUUAACCCAAACUAUGGCGAAGUUUCCCGAGCAAUGCGAAAUAGAGGAGUUGAAAUAUUUAUGAUGCAGCCAUGCUGGUUACUAGAUGAGGGAAGCGGUUAUGGUUCCCAGCAGAUCGAACUAAAAGAUGUGGAGAGAUUUCUCAUUCUAUCUGGUAUUCCAGGUGGUAGAUUGGUUGAAUCAAUGGCCAGGGCUCAUGUCUAUGCUAGGGAUGAAGGUUCACGCCUUAAUAUUUGCAUUACAUAUCUUGAGCUGGCACGUUGGGUUCAGCUACUCCAGCAGCUUCUAAUGAAUGGCAAUCAGCCUCUGUGGAGUCUCCAUGUGAGUUGGGAGCAUACUUAUCUUUCUUCUUUAGGUGAGGCUGAAGGAGGGAAUAUUAUUAGUCAUGCUAAAAGUGCUUAUUUGUCAGUUAUAGAUUUGUCUGACUCAUCACUGGCACGUUCUUUAUGUUUGCCUGGAGGAUGGCCAAUGCCAUUGAAAUUAAGAGACUUUAUAUGGCACUCAAAAGAAGCUUGUGUGAAACAGAACUGCAUGUAUCUGGAGUUCCUGGGGGCUCAGUGUGCCUCAUAUGAAUCAGAAGUUGGUAGGAUCAGGUGCCCUUUGGAUGAGGGCUUAGCUGCUUGUUGCCAUGCAGAUACUUUAAAUAUGAAGAAGUUAGAACAGUUAAUGUUUCCCGGUUCUUCAAAUGUUACAGUUUCAAACUUUGAUAGGAAAAUUGAAUUUGAUUUGGAAUUGGCUAAUAAGAUGCUACUAUUUGCUGCAAACUGGACCAUUGAACAAGCCACUGAAAGUGAUCUUGAGCUUUAUCUUCUCUGGUUUAGCUGGUUUAGUAAUCGCAUGCGGCCCUUCUGUCAGUUUUUCAGUUCUUUUCUGAUCUUAAUCAAACAGGUCAUGGAGCAUCCUAUUUGGAGCUACAUUUCUCGCCGACACCAUGAGGUUGCAUCUCUUCAAUGGGUAGAUUUUUACUUGCAGCCAAUACCAAUGCUGUCGUUGGAGUUAGUUGAUGUAACUGCAUCCAGGGACAUGUCUCAGUCGUGCUGUAAAUUUUUGAGUAAUGCCAUUAACUGCCUAGGUGCACUAAGAGUUAGUUAUCAACAAUGGAAUGCUGAGAGCUGCCAUGACUAUAGUGAUGAAGUGCAAUGUUUUAUACCAGUGUUAAAAUCUCUGCAAGUAAUGGAGGAGGAAAUCCUUCAUAAGUUUGUUGAUUCGUCAUAUAUGUUUGUUGAGUCUCCUUCUUUUGAUGUGUUGAUUCGGUUAUACACUAACCUCAUUGAAGAUCACAAACUGUUCUGGAAUGGUGUUACGUCAUCAAAUGUUGAGCAGUUGCUAAUUUCUUGGCGUUCUUUAAUGAAGGAUGCUGCAAAAUUUAUGGAAGUAUUGAAAGAUAUCUGUCCAGAAGCAGUUGAUGUUGUGCUGAGGGAGAGCAAGAAUCUGGAGAAUUUGGCUAAAGUUUCUUCUUGGCGUAUUCAUUCAGAGAAGUCCUUGCUUUGGGUUCAUGGUGGUCAUCCAUAUUUACCUUCUUCUGCUAAUUUAUAUCAUAAGCAACAUCAGCUUUUAUCACUUUGUGAGUUGCUUUGGCCAACAAAGUCAAAAUCAUGGGAACAGGCGAAUAGAAGUCUGAUUGAGGUUGUUGCAUCGUCAAAUCCUGAACUACGCUUUCUCGCGAUGCAAGGUGUUUCCAUGUCAGUACAUAUUAUGGGCAAAUGUGAUUGUGAUGAAGAUGUUAGCCCUGUUGUUCAUCAGUUGGAGGAGAUGCAUCAGAUGCUUUUGGAAAGAUUUGAAUAUGAAAAACAAAAAUUGGUGGCAAAUUUGGGAUCUAGUGAGCAUGCAAAUGCUGAGGCAAAUUCAGCUUCUUGUUGUACCUUCUUCCCUGAAAUAUUGUGUAGGAAGUCUGGGUUCGAAAGCUGGCAGGACACUCUUCCUCUAAGUGACAGCACAAGUUUUUUCCUUGAUAUGGAGUUACUUCAGGGGCUAUCAUCUAUCCUUUUGGUUGAUCCCAAAGGAUUAAAGCUGGCUUUGGGUACUGUAUCGAACCUGCUGGAAUAUGGAUUGAAAUUUUCUUUGGACUUCUCAUCAAGACCUCCCCAAUUUUUUUUACCUCAUCAAAAGAUCUUGUGGACACUAGAUGCAUGGAAUUCAGUGGAUGCUGUGAAUGGAAGGAUUGCAAGUUUUGUUAUUGAACUGUGGUUUAGGUGGCAUCAGUCUUUGUGGAAUCAUCGGCCUGAAUUUAUCAAGAACUUCUCAAAGAUUGGUGAUCACGACAUUCCACUACCGGAUAUGCUUGUUCAGCCUGUGAAGACAGCAACAGUCUUCAAGAUUCUGCAAAGUACAUCCACUGUCCGUGAAUAUUUUGUGCGCUGUUUGACGCUUAGAGUUGCUUCUUGUAAUCUUUGGCAUAGCUCUCCUACAGGGGCAAAUAUACCUAGUUAUCUUUUAUCUAUGGCUCGCUCUCUUUUCCAGCAGAUUAUAUAUGCACAUCGAAAAUCUUUUCAUGCGAAUGAAUUUGAGGCGAUCAAGUCCAAUCUUCAUGCAUUCCAGAAGAAUAUGGUUAAGCAAGAAAACAUCCAGCAAAUGAGCUCCCUUAUUCUCUCAUCAAGCCAUUGCAGAUUGAAAGAGUUGGUGCACAAGUUCAUUGAGCCACUGCUUAGAGACCUCUAUCUUCAUCGCACUUCUACCGACUUCGACUAUGUUCUUGGUUGUGCGUGGUUACGGAUUGGGGGAUUACGCUUUCAUCUCUUGCUUAGCUGUGAUGAUUUGGAUCCUGCCAUGAAAUACUAUUGGAAGUCUUCACAGUUAGCAGAAAAGAUAACAUCGCUUAAGCUUGAGAUGCAGGUACGACAAGAAUGCAACUAUCUAGCAGGAUGGUUUUCUACAAGAGAAGCUGAUGAUAGAAGAGCACAUGCAUUAGAAAAUCUUCAAGUGGAGCUUAGAACGGCGCAAAGAAAGAUUGUGUUCCGCUCUGAUUCUGGGAAAUUUAAGAAGUUAAAACAUGAAUGCAAUGACUUUCUUAAACAAUGUGAUGAGUUUCUGAAACUUGUUACAUCUUUGGAGGUUAUGGUGAGUGAUGUUGAAGCCAUGGACUUGCCACAGAUUGUUGACCAAGUUUGCAACUGGCAGAACACAGCAACCUGUUUUGUUGACCGAUUGUCAGAUGAAUAUGCUGCAUAUAUUGAUGUAGUUCAGCCAGUUCAAGUUGCAGUAUAUGAAAUGAAAUUGGGCUCAGCGCUGGUUAUGUCUAGUGUCUUCCGAAAAGCAUUUUUUAGUAGGCUUGAUCUGGAUGAUAUGGAUCUUGUUAUGGGAACUAUAUAUUCAUUCAUGAGAUUUCCCCGUGGACAUCCAUCCAAGUCCAUUUCUGUGAACUUGAAUAGCAUGCAGCCUGAGCUUCCUUCCUAUGAUAUAAAUAUUCCUGGGAACUUUUGUGCAGCUGAUAUUAAAUUGCUAGAAAAGUUGGUUACAUUCUCAAGAGACGAUGCUGUUGAUAAGAAGGUCUCUGUUAUGCAACUUGAAGCUGCUCUUAAUCGCAACAUUCUUGUCCGUGUUGCACAUUCUGUAGCUAAUACAAGAUUGAUGGAUAUUGAGUCCUUUAAGCUCUUGGAUAAGGUAUUUAAUCAAUUUUCAAACCUUUGGAUGAGAAUGAAAGUUCAAGCAAAAACCAAUAAGGACGACAGUUCUCAGAAAUACAAGUUUAGGCCUCGUGCGUUUCAGAUUGAGAGCAUUAUUGAAGUUAAUAUAUCAACAUUGUGCGAGUCAAUGACAAAUGAUAGCUUUUCAGAAUGGAAGGAACUGCUUUCUGAAGAAGAAUUUCCUACAAUGGAAGCUCAUGAGGAACAAGAAAGUUCACAGGAAGAAUGGAAUGUUAUAGAGGAGACCAUCGUGGACAACAUAGUCCACGUUCACGAUCAGUUAUUUGGUUCAAAUGAUCUUGUCCUCGCUCCUGGAACUUUUCAAAUAUCUGAUGCAGACAGAUUGCUUUGCUUCACUGACUCCUAUAGACUGGGAGUAGGGAUGAUUAAUGGUUUAGGAAGUUUAUUUUUGUCCAGUUUAGAUGCUAAACUCAUGCCGGAGCACUUAUUACGUCUUUGUUUGGAGCAUGAGCAGACAAUUGUUUCAUCUCAGAAAUUGGCUCACAGUUAUAAUUUUUACAAGGAUUCAAAUGCUCCUCUUAUGGCUAAAAUGGUGAAAUUGCUUACUCCUCUUCAACAGCAGAUUCUUUCCCUUUUGAAUGAAUGGGAGGAUCAUCAUGGACUCCAGAAAAUCUUGGAUGUGAUUGAGAUGCUCUUGAAUAUUUCUUUGAGCACCCCCUUAGCUAAGGCUCUUGCAGGGUUGCAAUUUCUACUUAACAGGGCCCAGAUGUUACAAGAAAAUGGCUCAAAAUUCUCCCUCUCUAAUCAAUUGGAGCCUAUUCGUGUUCUGGUGUCCUCUUGGAAAAAGAUGGAAUUUGGAUCUUGGCCUGCCCUGCUUGACGAGGUUCAGGAUCAGUAUGAGAUUAAUGCCGGGAAGUUAUGGUUUCCUCUGUAUUCAGUUCUACAACACAGACAUUCUGCUGAUGUACUUGAAUAUAAUCUAUCUACCCUUCAAAGUUUGGAGGAAUUCAUUCACACAUCCAGCAUUGGUGAAUUUAGGAAACGCCUUCAGCUUCUGUAUGCUUUCCUUGGUCAAUUCAAUACUGGUAGAUGCCUGAAUAUUUAUUCAAGUUCUUCUGACAAGGAAAAUAUGAAGAUCUUAUACAAUGUAAUUGGAUUUCAUGUGCAGUUUUUGCCAAUAGUUUUGGAACACAUAAAAGCUAAUAGAAGAAAUAUUGAGGUAGAGUUGAAAGAGCUUCUGAAACUAUGUGGAUGGGAACAUUCUGAGAGUUUGGUGUCAAUUGAAAACUCAAAAAGGACCCAGCAUAAGCUCAGGAAGCUUAUACAGAAGUACACUGAUUUUCUGCAACAACCUGUAAUGCUUUUUCUUAACCAAGACGCACUACAAAGGGGAGCAAAAGCUCAUUCUCUACAUGGUCAAAAGAUUCAUAAUGGUCUUUUCGAUCCAACAUUGUUUCAUGAUGAGGACAGGUCCAUAUGGUCUGCUGACUGGAGGAAAAAAGUAUAUUAUGCUUUGCAAAAGUUGCACCUUGAGAGAGCUCCUGGAUUUGAUACACACCUCUUGUCCCAGGAACAAUGGAAGGUUGUGUGGUGCACAAUUGAGAAAAUAUAUAGAACUGUAGUGCAUUGUGGUGAUAUAUGGAAGGAUGCAAACAAGAAUCUGGGGAAGAGGAGGGCCUUUUCCGAGCUUCUAAAGCUGUUAGAAAGCAGUGGCUUGUCUAGGCACAAGUCCAUAUAUACGGAGGAUCAUCAUAAAUCUUGGUGGUUCCUUGAGCCAUCAUAUGAUGUGCAGCAUCUGCUGCUGACACAAAGUAAAUUGGCUUCUGGAGCUUCUGAUGUUGCUGCUGCCUGCGAAUUUCAAAGUCCUCCCUCUGAGGAUUUGGUUACAGAAUGGAAAACUGCCAAUGAAUACUACUUUAAGAGCGUAGCAUCAGUGCUUCUUCUGCAGCAGAUUUGCCUGAACUCCCACAAAGACAUUACUCGUGAACAGGUUGACAGGUCUGGCGCUUUUCUCAACCAGCUCAUUGACAUACAACAGAAGCAACAGGUUGCUGCCAAUGAUUUUGCUAAGCAAUUGAAGCACUUGAGGGAAUGCAUAUCUACUUUGGAAAAUCUCUAUCCUAAUUCCCCAACUACUGAUAUUAAAACUGUUGGCGUGUGCUCUAUUGUUCAAAAUCAACAUGCCACGUUGAAAUGCAUGUGGCAGCAGAAGCAACUCUUUGAUAGUUUGUGUGCCAUGCUGUAUGAAGAAUCGCUUUUGCUAAAGACAUUUGAAAAUACGCAUUUGAACACUUGUGGAAGUGUCAAAGCUGCAGCAAAUAGGGUUAUUGCUUUCAUCGGGAAUUUUUUUCCAGAUUUUCAGGGAUCUAAGGAAUCCUUAGAUGACUAUCUUCUUGGCCGAAAUAGCGCGAUAACGACACUGGCUGGUACCUCGCACUGUUAUGUUGUUACAAAACAAAUGGAACAGCUGGUGUCUAAGAACUUCCAGGCCAUGAAGGAGUUUGAGGAGCAUCUCUUAGCUUUCCGCAAGCAAGACGUGGAUAGAAGCUCAGUUGAAGAGAUUUUGCUAAGUCAUUUUGAAGAAUUUUUUGAGAAGGGGAGAUUGAUGGAGGAAGAGUAUAAUUCGGUGCUGUCAAUAAAUGCACAUAGUCACGGCAAUUGUUUUGGGUUUGAUGAAGCCCUUCACUGUACUUUUGAACAUGUUACAGAUGCAUUGAAGAAAUUAGGUUCAUCAGGUACCGGUUAUAGCCUUCCAGAAGAGUCAGCAGAGAAUAUUACCUCAUGGAAAUUUCUGUUUGACUCGCUUGUAGCAGAUCUGAGAUUGGAUCUAUUAUGUGAAAAGAUUCUUAAAACUUUUUUUUGUGCGGAACAACUACUGGGUCAUUCUGGCAAUAAUACUAGUAGUACUUCCGAAAUUGGAGUACAAUUUAAGCAUCUACAUGUCCUUCUGAGCCUAAUUUUGGAUUUUGGUGAUGCUCUCCUGCAAGAUCUUUUAGCUAUGUAUAGAACAGUUUCUAUGGUAACCCAUGUGCUUGCGAAUGUUUUAGCUUCUUUAUAUUCAAAAGGGUUUGGCAUCUCUGCCGAAGAUGAGGUGGGUGAUGCUACUCGUGAUAUAUCUCAAGAUGCAAAUGGAACAGGCAUGGGGGAGGGUGCUGGAAUGAAUGAUGUCAGUGAUCAGAUAACUGAUGAAGAUCAGUUGCUUGGUGCUUUGGAAAAGCCAAGUGAAGAACAAGAUGCCUCAGAUGAAGCCCCUAGUAAGAAUGAGAAAGGUAUUGAGAUGGAGCAGGAUUUUGCAGCUGAUACAUAUAGCAUUAGUGAGGACUCUGCAGAAGAUGACAAUGAAGAUAGUGAGAAUGAUCAGUUAGAGUCUGCUAUGGGGGAAACCGGAGCUAAUGGUGAAGUAGUUGAUGAGAAACUUUGGAACAAGGAUGAAGAUGAAAAUCCAAGUGAUACAAAGGAGAAGUAUGAAUCCGGAUCUUCAGUCAGGGAUCGGGAUAGUUGUAGGGAGCUUAGGGCCAAGGAAGAUUAUGCUGCUACUGCUGAUGAACCUGGAGAGCUUAAUGCUGAUGAACCUGGAGAGCUUGAUUCUGAUGAAAUUGAUAAACAAGAUGAUGAGAUUGGAAGUGAGGACAACCUUGGUGACAGAGACAACACAGAAGACAUGAAGCUGGAGAAAGAAGAAGCAUUUGCUGAUCCUACAGGGUUAAAGCUUGAUGAGCUGAAUCAGAGUCCUGACGAAGAUAUGGAAAUGGAUGAACAAAAGGGUGCAGAUUCUGUGGAAGAAGCAGAUCCUUUAGAGAAUAAGGAAUCUGAUGAGAAGGGAAAACAUGAGGAAGAAAACACGUAUCCAAUGGAUGAAACUAUUGGAGAGGCUGAGACAGAACAAAUGGAUGGAGAUCCUGAAAAGGAUCUCGGUAGGGAUCAUGAAGAGAAUGUUGAGAUGAGUUUAACUGAAACAAGUAACAAUGCAUUCAAGCCAGGAAGUUCUGACUUUGUUACUGAUCAUGUGCCCAAUGCAGAAUCUGCAACACAACCAAAGGGUGACUCUCAGACAUCGGAAAUAAGCAAUAUAGCACCAGAAUCAAACCGGUCUAGCGGCAAUGAUGCUCAGAAUGACCUUGCUCCUUUGAGAGGCCUGCCUUCCACUAAUACCACUGAAGUGGAUUUUUCAGUGGCGGACUUGUCAAAUAGUGGGAGAUUUACUAAUGAUCAAUCAAAAAGUCAAUUGCCUCAACAUGAAUCUUCAUCUACUCAGAAAACCCAACCAAACCCUUAUCGGAAUGUUGGAGAUGCAUUGGAGGAGUGGAAAGAAAGAGUCAGGGUGUCUGUUGAUCUUCAGGCGGAUAAUAUAGAGGCACUGGGUGAGAUUGAGGAUGAGAAUGCAGAUGAAUAUGGCUAUGUGUCUGAGUUUGAAAAAGGAACAGCUCAGGCCUUGGGGCCUGCAACAUCUGAGCAGGUUGACAGAAAUGUCAGUGGCAACAAGCCGGAUGGAGAUGAUCUCUCAGCGGAUAAAAACGACUUAGCUGAUAUGGAGAUUGAGAAGCAAAAUUCUGAAGCACCCCCUCUCAGGAGCCAUGCCUCAAUCCACAAAAAUAAGGUUGAAGAGCAUAUAAAUAUCUCAGGUUUGGAGAAGUCACCUAAUGAGGGAUCUGAAGAAGUUCAAAGUCAUGAUGAUGGUAAUCCUGAAAGCCUGUCCGAGAGUUUGGUCUCUGUGAAGAAGUCUUUCUUAAGUGAAGGUAUACAUCAAUUCAGUAAACUUUCUGUAGCUGAAGAUGAGUUCGGAAAGGCCCAAGAUCCUGGGGAAGUUUCCAACGAUGUGAAAAAUAAUGCUACUGCUCUAUGGAGAAAAUAUGAACUGCUGACAACAAGAUUCUCCCAGGAAUUGGCUGAACAAUUGCGUCUUGUUAUGGAGCCCACACUCGCCAGCAAGCUCCAAGGUGAUUAUAAAACUGGGAAGCGGAUUAACAUGAAGAAGGUAAUUCCUUACAUAGCAAGUCAUUACCGGAAAGAUAAAAUAUGGCUGAGGCGAACCCGGCCUAACAAACGUGAUUACCAAGUUGUUAUUGCUGUGGAUGAUUCCCGUAGCAUGUCUGAGAGUUGCUGUGGUGAUGUUGCUAUUGAAGCUUUGGUGACAGUAUGUCGCGCCAUGUCUCAACUGGAAGUGGGAAACUUGGCUGUCGCAAGCUUUGGAAAGAAGGGGAACAUAAGGUUACUGCAUGAUUUUGAUCAGCCAUUUUCUGGAGAGGCUGGGAUCAAGAUGAUCUCCAGCUUGACAUUCAAGCAAGAGAAUACCAUUGCAGAUGAACCGGUUGUCGAUCUGUUGAAGUAUUUGAAUAACAUGCUAGAUGUAGCUGUUGGAAAAGCACGACUCCCGUCCGGACAGAACCCAUUACAGCAGCUUGUUUUGAUCAUUGCAGACGGCCGGUUCCAUGAGAAGGAAAACUUGAAGCGCUGUGUUAGAGAGGCCUUGAGUAGAAAGCGUAUGGUUGCAUUUCUGCUUCUUGAUAGUCCACAAGAGUCAAUCAUGGACCUCAUGGAAGCGUCUUUCGAGGGUGCCAACGUCAAGUUUUCCAAGUAUAUGGAUUCUUUUCCCUUCCCAUACUACAUCGUACUAAGGAAUAUUGAAGCACUUCCUAGGACCCUUUCUGACUUGCUGAGACAGUGGUUUGAGGUUAUGCAGUACUGGAGGGACUAAGUUUGUUUGAUGGAAGAGCUAAUGUCAGAAACGGUUUUACUUGCAAAUGUGCAAGUUUACUGAAAAUUCUUGAUCCGGGAUAAUGGAGGGUUUGAAGCCAGAAAUAUAUUUUGAUGGCACCUGAGCCAAUUGUAUAUAAUGCCAUGUACAGUUGCUUGUUUCUCAAAUGCUACCUGACAAUAUUUAUAAUGUCGAAUUGAUUGACCAUUAUUUUGGCGUUCAAGCAAUCUUUCCAUCUUUUUUUUUGGGGGGGGGGAAGAGGGAGGGAUUUAAAGUGUCCUUACCAAAGAACAGAGUGAGCAAAAUGUAAUAUAUACGGCGGCGUAUUAAGUAGUGUUUGUUCUUUUAUAAAGUGUAUAAUGAGAUACAACAUUGAUUUCUAAAAAUACUGUUUAGAAAUAUAUCGAGAUCAAGAUGGGAAAUUUCAUUUUAAAUUA